UGACCUGUGGUCACAUGAUGAGGGAUUUUAGUGCAUAUGCGGGACAAGAUAUGGCAUCAAGCAUAUCGUUCAUUCCUUGGAAUGUUACCAGGCCAGAAAACUCUUUCGUGGCUAGAAUGAAGGUGAUGCUACCGUCUCGUCUCCACCAUUUCAUCUUGGACCCCUGCAUAAAUUUUCCAAGUCGGAUAGUUUUAAAUAUUUUGGAAGCUGGAUUAGAAUUUGCAGUUAGAUUUUAUGCAAUUUGUAGAGUUAUCUAUCCCAAUCUUAGUGCUCUGAAAUAUCCCAAACGAGCAAAGCAGAGUAUAUCUGCAAUCAUUGUGUGCGCUGGGGGGAGUAUCAAGAAUCAUUCUACGCACGUUUGAAACGACGUACACCUAAUGAAUAUCCACACCUGGACGUGAAGAAUUUUGUCCAUGCAUUAAUUCAUAUCAUGGUUUGUCUGAGACAGGAAGACAUCAACUAAUAAAAUCCCAAUCGCAUAAUCAGAAAGAUGAUGCCAUUUUGACAAUGCCAUUGCACCAACAUGAGAUUCUCUACGUUAUUUAUCAUGUAUUUACUUUCAAAUUUAAUCAACAUUCUUCAGUAUUUGGCGAGGAAGUUUUGCCCAGACUAAACAAUUCCAGAGAUGUUUAAUAAAUCAAGAAUUGCGCAAUUUCUUGGAUAAGGUUCUUGAUAAUCGCAUGCCGUUUCAUUUUAAGAACAUUAAAGUGUAGCUACUUAUUUUAAGGAGUUUAUACUUUUGUGAUAUUAGUUAUUUCAAUUUACGUAUAUAAAAAAUUUCGUUCGUAAAAUCAAGUACAAUAAAUUGGUUAUAAAAUGAA